AUGCCACGGGGAUUCUUAGUGAAAAGGAGUAAACGAGGCUCACCUGCAUCAUACAAGGUGCGCGUUGAGGAAAAAGAGUUGUCUCCCCAAACUACAAAUGGACCCACAAGUGUCCUGGUUGAAUGUCCAGACUUAGUGGAAUCAGAACCUGUUGGAGAAACAUGGACAAGUGGUUUAACCUCUAAAAAUGACCAGCCACGUUUACUGGAGGACAUUGGAGGAGUGGUUGGAGAAAACUGCGAUUACGCACAAAGCUACUUCAGCCAGCCGGAGCAGAGCGCGUCACCUCCCGAUUCCUACAGCCCGAUCAAACCGUUCAGCGCCGAGCUCAAGCAGUCGUUUUUGGACCGUUGUCUGAGCUCACCCGCCACGGCAGAGUCCUUUCCACAGGCCACCCCGGUGUCCUCAAUCGAGCGUCUCCUUAUGAACCACGCAGACAUGAAGUUUGGCACGCCAGUGUCCACUUCGUUACCCACUUAUCCAUCAUUUCACCAGAGCGUAAAGCGCGCGUUCAUGGAGUCCGAGCGCAAGAGCAAACCGCCCGCCAAAAAGCCCAAAGUCAUCCGAAAACUCAACUUUGAAGACGAAGUCACCACCUCACCAGUCUUGGGGCUUAAAAUCAAGAAGGAAAGCCCCGAAACCAAGCUGGCACCAUCAAGCCGAAAGAAGCCGCUGGGUGAGUUCAUAUGCCAGCUUUGUAAGGAAGAAUACCCUGAUCCGUUUUCCUUGGCACAGCACAAGUGCUCCAGGAUUGUGCGCGUUGAGUACCGCUGCCCGGAGUGCGAUAAAGUUUUCAGCUGCCCUGCCAACCUCGCUUCGCAUCGAAGGUGGCACAAACCUCGCAGUUUAAGCACUGGAGAUGCCCAAAACGGGAAGAAAUCACAACUAGAAGUGCGUAACCACGAAAAAACGUCAGUGGAAGGGAAGGAGAACGCCAGUAAGAUCAGAGUAAACAAUCAGCACCAGCUCAGUCCGGACAGCUCCCAACACCAUCGAUCAGCACAGGACAGCAACAUGCUGCACAGAGCAUCUCAAGACCCUCCUACUCUGGAGCAAAGGUAUCCAUCCACCGAGAAGUGCUUCGAUCUGCAUAUCAGCUCCAGCGAAAGCUCCAGAUUGUUCGAUCACUGCCCCGAAGAGCCUGAAAGGUCCACCACCCCCUAUCUACCCUCAUCGGGAGCUGAAGAAGUGUACGAAUGCCACUUCUGCAGCAAGAAGUUCAGAAGGCAAGCCUACCUGAGAAAACACCUGGCAGCACAUGAGACAAUCAAAGUAUCCUCCUAUAAUCAUCAUCACAUAGAGACCGGACAGAUCACUUUUCCAUGCCACCUGUGUGGCGCGCACUUCCCUUCGGCUGAUAUAAGGGACAAACACAGACUUUGGCAUGCAGUCAGAGAUGAUUUGUUACUCAGACCAGAUCUGAGUCCAGGAGAACAGCAGAUCUUCUCAUGCAAACACUGUCCGUCCACGUUCUUCAGUUCUCCAGGUUUGACCAGACACAUUAACAAGAGCCAUCCGACAGAGAGUAGACAGGUGAUGCUCCUACAGAUGGCUGUCAGACCUGGAUGCUAA